AUGAGCGACAUGAUCAAAGAGGAGCAGCCGAUCGACGGCCAGGAGCAUGCCGAAGGCAGUGAAGACUCGAGUUCGGCAGUGCGCAGACGCUCUUCUUUUGAGGGCCGUGAAUCUAAGAGACAGCGUCAGUCACUGCAAUUGCAAUCUCUCCCAUCGCAGCAACAACACCAACCAUCACAAGCCCGCGCAACUUCUUACCAUCACCAUCUCCAUCACCAUCUCCAUCACCAAUCCAUCCCAACACGCACACUUGUUGCUGCUCAACCGUCACACAGUGUUUCAAGAAGUUCUUCCAACAAGAACCUCGCCAUGGCUGACAUCAAACCCGAACCUCAAGGCACCCAAAGUCUCCCACCUCCAUCUCUGCCUCAGCUCGUAGCCGAGCAGCACGUUCCCAUCCCUUCGAGCGACAAGGACUCGCAGCGUCUAAUUGUCGUCCUCUCCAAUGCCAGUCUCGAAACAUACAAGGCCUCGUCUGGUGGCCGCGGUGGUGCCAAGGACGACAAGUACUCGUUGCUCAACAGCGACGAGCACAUUGGUGUCAUGCGCAAGAUGAACCGCGACAUCUCAGACGCUCGUCCCGACAUCACUCACCAGGUAGCUCACUUCUCUGUUCUCUUCUCUGUUUUCACCUCUAACCAAUGCGNNCAGUGUCUCCUCACUCUUCUCGACUCGCCUCUCAACAAGGCCGGCAAACUCCAAAUCUACAUUCACACAGCCAAGGGUGUCUUGAUCGAAGUCAGCCCCACUGUCCGCAUUCCCCGUACCUUCAAGCGUUUCGCUGGUUUGAUGGUCCAGCUCCUCCACAGACUUUCCAUUCGCUCAACCACAUCGCAAGAGAAGCUAUUGAAGGUUAUCAAGAACCCCAUCACCGACCAUCUCCCUCCCAACUGCCGCAAGGUCACCCUCAGUUUCGAUGCCCCCGUCGUUCGUGUUAGCGACUACAUUGGCGAUCUCGCCCCUAAGGAGAGCAUUUGCGUCUUUGUCGGUGCCAUGGCCAAGGGUAACGACAACUUCGCCGACGAGUUCAAGGAUGACUCGAUCAGUAUCAGCAACUUCAGCUUGAGUGCUAGUGUUGCCUGCAGCAGAUUCUGCCACGCCGCUGAAGAAGUCUGGGACGUCAUUUAA